AUGGCCGAAACAAAACUACAAAUCCUGUCAGAUCUUCACUUGGAAUCGCCUAGCGCAUAUGACGUUUUCCAUGUUGAAGCUCAAGCACCGUACUUGGCCUUACUGGGCGAUAUCGGCUACAUCAAGGACGAUGGCUUUUUCCACUUCCUCCGGAAACAACUCGACAGUUUCCAGAUCGUGUUCUUGGUUCUGGGGAACCACGAGCCAUAUCACACCGACUGGACGGAAGCCAAGUCAAAGAUCGAGCGCUUCAAGGCGAGCGUAAUGCCUCACGAAUGUGGCGAGAAGCUUGGCCAGCUUGUUCUGCUCGAUAAAACACGCUACGACCUUUCGCCAACUCUCAGCAUCCUCGGAUGCACCUUGUUCUCACGAGUGAUACCAGAGCAGGAAGAGAGCGUCAGCUUCGGCCUCAAUGAUUUUUACUUUAUCGGUGAUUGGUCGAUCGAAGCACAUUGCGAAGCGCAUCGUGCUGACCUUGACUGGCUCAACCACGAAAUCAAGUCGAUCUCGCUGUUGGAGCCUGAGCGCAAAAUUGUUGUACUAACUCAUUACUGUCCAUUGACCAGUGAUGAAGUUGUCAAUCCCCUGCACAAUAACAGCAAGAUCUCCUCCGGUUUCAUGACCGACUUGUCAAGUGAAGAGUGCUGGAAUCGAGGCGCCGUGAGGCUCUGGGCUUUUGGCCAUACGCACUUCAAUUGCGACUUUCGGGAUGCUGGCAAUGGCAUAAGAGUGAUGUCUAAUCAAAGAGGUUACUACUUUUCUCAGGCUACGGGGUUUGACUGCGCCAAAAUCGUUGAAAUUUAA